CCUCGGAGACUCUCCCCGUUCUGGAGAAUGGCUCUCGAUGCUGAAGAAGAAAGGGAACGUGGUAGAAGGAGCGAAGUCGAACAGCAACGAAGGAGCCGAAGAAGCGACUCUCAAAACUCUACCUCUUAUUCGCAUGGACGCUCCCCCAUCCAGGCAUUCGCGAAAAUGGCUCCAAUCCAGUCCGUCGCUCUCUGAUCUGAAAUCCCAGUUCGUCUCUCUCGUUAGCAUGACCUAGGAAGUCCGGUUGAACACUCAAGGGAAUCGAAGUUGUGCCUCUCUGCUUCACUCGAACCUGAAGUAUUCUUCCCCUACAGCCAAUAAUGCCUUUGCCCUAGCCGCCAAUUAUGCUCAUCCCCUAUCCAUUGACUCCAACGCACGAUUUGGUUUUGCUCAUUGAUCCAUGCUAUUUUUCGAAAUUCCUCUUGCCCUGCAUAUCAUUCAAGGCUGUGAAGGUUUGCAUUCAAACUCAACAAGGCUUUGCAAGAGGGUUAAGUGAUGGGUUAUCUAAGAUUGUCAAAUCCAAAGAGAAUCUCAGGACUUCUGCCCAGGUUCUAAUUCAAGUUAUUCCCAACAUUCAUUUCGAAAAGAAAAGUCUCUUUCUUUCUUGUUGUAAUUUUGAUCCAAAAUCCUUCAGAUUCAUUUCUAGGUAAGGUCUUAUAACUUUUAAUUGUGUAAUCUUCAGAUUCAUUUCUAGGAAUGCUAUUCAAAAUACUUUUAAAGCUGUAACUGUCCGUGUGCCAAUUGGUCUUGAAGCAUUGAAUUUCCAAAUCAGUAAACACAGAAGCUUUUUCUUCAAUGUUCUUGUUACUGUAAGAGUUAUACUAUAGGAUUAAA